AUGGAAGGUAUUCAGGUGAGUUUACAUUCGGAAACCCAUAUUCCUACUUCUGACAGUGGAUUUGGUCUUUAUCAGGUCAUCAGUAAGCAACUCCAUACCAAAUUUAAAAGAUUCUUUCUGAGAUUUAAGAAAGACGAAGAUAUGAACCCCAUGAAUACGAACCUGCGUUCGAUCAGUGAGCUCCAACAGCGCCAUAUUCAAAUUCCGAUUGCUUCACAUAAUCAGUCACCACCGCCAUUACCACUAAAUCUACCUCGUUCCGAUCUACUUGUCGGAAGAAGAGACGAUUACAAUGAAAUUUGUGUUCCGACAUAUAAAGCAACCAUAACCGGCAAUUGGAAAGCUGCGAAAAUCAUCCUAGACAAACGCCCAGAGCUUGUACGAUUUAGCAUCACUGAAAGUUACGAUACUGUUCUUCACAUUGCUGUAAUGGGGAAAUCAUACUGGUUUGUUGAAUAUCUAGUGAGCUUAAUGGAAAAGGAAGACUUAGAACUCCAAAAUCAAAUUGGGCAAACUGCUCUCUGUUUAGCAGCUAUGGCUGGAAAUGUCAAAAUAGCUAUGAUUUUGGUGAAUAAGAACAAUGCCCUACUAAACAUUCCUGAUAGUCGAGGUAUGAUGCCACUUUACAUGGCUGCUUUAUUUGGAAAACAUGAUAUGGUGAGGUAUCUUUAUCACAAUUCCCAGAAAUUGACUGGUGAAUUUUGGACAUAUCACAAUAGAGGUUGUGUUCUUUUGAAAUGUGUAGAAGCUAAUCUAUUUGAUGUUGCAUUACAAAUUGUGAUGGAUUGUCCAGAACUUGCUAUAAAUGGAAAUGUACUUGGAUUAUUAGCUAGAAAGCCUUAUGCAUUUGAUGCUACAAGAACUAAUAUUUUUUGGAGACUCAAAUGUUCAUUUUUUGCAGUAUGUCAUUUAAAGAUUGGGAUUCCCGAUAUGGAAAGUCACGCCCUUCAAUUACUAAGAAUCAUUUGGGCAGAGAUUGUGAAACUACCAAAAGCUCAAAUCGAUGAAAUAAUACGGGGCCCACCUGACCAAACAAAAGAAGAUGAAAAACAAACACGCGAUGAAAAAGAAAAACAAGAAACUUUGCUACUACUAAGAACCAUAUCUGACAACGUUGCAAAAAUGCCUUCUAGAAUCUUUAACCUAUUCAAAUCCCCUAAUGAUGAAAAUGCAACAACUUCAAAUCCCACAAAUCAAAAAUACUCUUCUCGGGUGCUAUUUCUUGCAGCAGAAAUGGGCAACACUGCGUUUGUUGUUGAGGUUAUUAGGCAAUAUCCACAUUUAGUACGUGAGGAGCACUCAGGAAUUUGAUAAUUACUCUUGAAGACAAAAAUGGGAAUAAUAUGUUGCAUUUAGUUGGGGAGAGUGCAAAAAUUAAUAGACUACAACACAUCCCGGGAGUUGGUCUUCAAUUGCAUCUAGAAACACUAUGGGUUUAAGGAAGUAGAAGCUAUACUCCCUCCACCUUUUCGAGAAAAAAAGAACGCAUCGGGUCUAACACCACACGAAGUAUUCAACAAAAACCACAAAGAAUUAUUUUCAAAAGGUGAAGAGUGGAUGAAAGAAACCGCCGCCCAAUUAAUGGUGGUUGCAUCACUUAUAGCCACCAUAUCAUUUGCAGCUGCAUUUACAUUUCCAGGUGGAUACGACCAAGUAACCGGGGUCCCCAUUUUCCUCAAAAAAAAAUCUUUCAAAAAUCUUCAUAAUCUUCGAUGGCUUAUCAUUUAUAUCCGCCACAACUUCAAUCCUCUUGGUGUUAUCCAUUUUGGGAUCCGAUUAUAGCGAACAUGAUUCAUGAUUUCGUUACCCCAACAACUUAUGAUAUGUUUAGCAUCACUUUUCAUCUCUAUAGCUACCAUGAUCCUCACUUUUCUCAUCAACUUUUUGUUGCUUUAUCAACAUUAUUCUAGAUGGAUACCCGUUUUUAUUAGUUGUUUUGCUGCGGUUACGUAUAUGAUAUUUGGUAGCCCCAAAUUUCCUCUUUUGGGGUCGGUUUUUAUAUGGGUCUAGGUUUCUUUUUGAAAGGGAGAGGAGAAUGCUUAAGAAGCCUAUUUUCUAGUGGUUUGUAUUUAUAGUAUUUGUAAAGAUGUGUUUUGUUUGUAUAGGUUUUGUAAUUAGAGCAUAUGUUAAGGGCUAUUUGUGUAAAUUAAACAAGUGGUAUAUUACUAUAUGGCUUGUUAUUUUGUUCAUGUAUAUGU